UACAGCACGUAUCGGGAAGGAGCAUUUCGCCGAUCGUGAUCCCAUAACGUCACUCCGCCAUGGCGGACACAUCACACCCUCGCGGUCCGGACCAGACAACACUGCCGCCCAUGACGCCGGCUGCGGCUGUACAGCUUCUCGUCGACGGCUCGUGGAUCUUCGGGGAAACCAUCAACUUGACUCUGAAAUUACUGGAAGCGCGCAAGUGGCAGUGCAUCGUGACGGGUUUCGUGGAUCCCGAUCAAAGGUUCGAGCAGCACCGCCGCUUCCGCCGCCAAGCUCAAGCCGAAAACUUUGUGGUGCCAGUCUGUCACAGCCAAACCCACUGAACAGUAGCGAUCGUUCGUCCCGCGCAAGGCGCGGUGGAUCUGUACGACCCACUCGGAGAACAACGUCAUCUAUCGGCGUGCAAGAGGGCGGUGGAGAAUUUUACUCAAUUACUGUCAGCGGGCCAUGGACCGUGGACGUACAAAACCGAAGGUGUCAAGUUGCUCCAAAAGGACGGCAAAAAUUGUGGAGUAUACAUCCUCGUAUUCGCCCUUUGUGCUAUGCAUUCCUUGUGG